ACAGACGCGCAGCUGUCGCAUAAACAGUUCCCGUGUUCACGCUUAGCUCGCCGGAGAAACAACAUAUUUCCUAUUUAAACACGAGUUAUAAUCAUUUAGUCGCGUUAGUUUUAAUUAAUCGUUAAAACUACAACGGGAUAAAAAACUAAUUUGUGAAAACAGAGGAAACUACGAGCCGAAACGUUCUAAUACUCAAAAAACAUGGCGGCGUCCUUGAGCAGCGCAGCGAGCGCGAGUCUGCUGAGGACGGCGUUCCGGUCCGGCUCGCUGUGCGGCUCCUCCGGGAGCCGAGCCCUCCACGUGUCUGCAGCGCGCUGCAAGAAUCAAGCCGCUCGCGCCCGCGUGGGCAAAGGCGACAGACCGCUGACGUACGAGCAGGCGCUGCCGCCGCAUCACAUCGGCCACCGCAAAGGAUGGCUGUCACAGCACCCGAGUAACCUGCGAGGUGAGGAGGGCGCGGCCGAGCGGACCGUGGAGGACGUGUUCGUGAGGCGCUUCAUGUUCGGGACCUUCCACGGCUGCCUGGCCAACGAGGUCGUGAUCAAGCGGCGGGGCAACGUGCUCGUGGUGUGCGCGCUCAUGCUGCAGAGGAUGCCGCCGCCCAAGUUCUACUUCCUCAUCGGCUACUCGGAGGCGCUGCUGUCGCACCUCUACAAAUGCCCCGUCAAGCUGGAGGUGCAGACCCUGCAGGACAAAACCGUGUACAAGUACCUCUGAGGUACCAACGGCUGGACUCUGCUCUUUGUUGUUGCUCACGGUGACGUCAUCCAUCAGCUGCUCUUUGUUGUUGCUCACGGUGACGUCAUCCAUCAGCUGCUCUUUGUUGGUGCUCACGGUGACGUCAUCCAUCAGCUGCUCUUUGUUGUUGCUCACGGUGACGUCAUCCAUCAGCUGCUCUUUGUUGUUGCUCACGGUGACGUCAUCCAUCAGCUGCUCUUUGUUGUUGCUCACGGUGACGUCAUCCCUCAGCUGCUCUUUGUUGUUGCUCACGGUGACGUCAUCCAUCAGCUGCUCUUUGUUGUUGCUCACGGUGACGUCAUCCCUCAGCUGCUCUUUGUUGUUGCUCACGGUGACGUCAUCCAUCAGCUGCUCUUUGUUGUUGCUCACGGUGACGUCAUCCAUCAGCUGCUCUUUGUUGUUGCUCACGGUGACGUCAUCCAUCAGCUGCUCUUUGUUGUUGCUCACGGUGACGUCAUCCAUCAGCUGUUGUGAAUAAAACGGAGUUGAAGAUAAAUCACGAGUGCUGUUGAAACAUGUUUAAUGUACUGUGUGUGUGUACUUAUACACCGCAGCUCCAGUUCACUAAGCUUCAGCUAAUAUUUACAUUUUGAAAUGUAACAUAACAUCUUUAAUUAUGUAGCACAAAGCAAACACAAAACUUAACAAAUAUAAAAACCACAGCAAUAAAAGAACAAAAGUAAACAAACGUAUUUAUUAAAGAAGCCACAGCUGA